AUGGUGCAGACGCUCUCAGGUAUGCGGGAGGGCACGGAGGACACGCUGCCAGCACGCGCAUCGGACACGCACUCCUGCGGUCAAGUCCAAGGCCACGAGAGGCUCCAGGGACAGGGGACCCUGCACACACGACAGCACAGCCUCCACAGGAGCUGUCGCCAGUCACUGAGGACGCAGCCGCUGUGGGGACCACGGCUGCUCAGAGUGCCUCCAACACAGCACGGAAUCCGUGUAGACGGAGCGGCUUCAGAGCACGGCGCCCGUGCCGGGGGCACAGAGGGCCACACAGGGCUUGGAGCCCUGCUCCGGGAGACGGCCCUCAGCAGAGGAACCCAGAACAGGGACGGUGGCCACGGCAAGGUGACAGGACACAGCUUCUCCCCCACAGGUCGCACCAACGAUGGGAACAAAGGGGCCUCUCUAAGGCUCCAGACCAGAGCACGACCGCCUGGGCCAAGGGCAGGAGUGGGGCAGGUCCUGGCCCCGCUGGCUGUGGAGGGAGAGCCUGGGCCAGCUUCCAGGUCUGUGCGGAGGAGCUGGACCAGUGGGCAGGACUGGGCCCCGGAGGGCUCCACCAGCCAGGGACAAGCAGGGGAGGCAGACGCCUGGAGUUUGAGAUGUCCUUCCGACGAAGGAGAGGGGGCCCCCGGCUGCCUCCUGGGCCACAACUCUUGUCGCUUGCUGCCCACUCACAUGUACAGAGUCCUGGGAGUCCUGGGAGUUGGAGAAGCCGCUGAGUGGACAGGACCAUGUCUCCAAGGCCAGGCCCUCGGGCACCUGGGCCCACCUGCUGCGCUGGGGGAGCCACCAGCUUUCCCUGAGACAGUGUGUCCACAGAUGGAGGCCUCCCUGGCCAGCGGGCUCAGGCGCUCUGGCUCAAGGGGUGUGAACGGCUGCCCGCGCUCGCGCCACGCCCAGAGGCCGCGCCUGCGCACUGCGCCACUCCAGGGGGGGCCCCCUGCGUUCGACGCCACGCCCAGAGCCGAGCUGCGCGUGUGCAGAGAGCGCCACCAAUCGCUACCCUCCGAAUAUCCUGGCUGCCUCCCAUUGGUCAGAUUCUACACGGGACAGUGGGGCGGGGCCAGGGCGACUCUUGACCAAUCGCAGGCACCUAGCGUGCCCGUGGUUGCCCCUGGAAACCGAGCGGCUGCCCGCAGGUGGAAAAUGGACCGGGACGCAGAGCAGCCGGGAGAUGUCCGGGGCCUGCGGAGUGCGAGGUCGGGGUCGGUCGAGCCCAGCUUAGGCCAGCACAGGCCGGAUGAGUACGAGCCCACCGCGCCCGCCGAGUCCACCCGGCCCUCUGCGACCCCCGAGGCUGCCGCGCCCAAAGCAGCGGAGCCCGAGACCAUGAGCCCCGCCGCGGCCGAGCCCGAGCCCGGGGAGGUGCCGGCGGACAGCGGGCCUGAGGUCGAGGCGGAGCCCCCCGAACCUGCGGAGCCCCAGGCCGCGCCCAGCGAGGACACGGAGCAGUCCCCUCGGCCGGGCACCGCCAUGGGCUCCCAGGCCGGCUCGCAGGCGGGCUCCGAGGGGCCCGAGGAGGGCGCGGAGGACACCGGGGCCGCGCCGGCCUUGCUGCCCCCCCGGGAGCCGGACGCCUCCCAGGGGCGCGGGGAGGACGGCGAGGUGAGCCGGAGGGGGUCCAGCUACGAGGAGCUGCACGUGGCCCUGGACGCCGCGUGGCCCCGGGCGGUGCAGAAGCUGGAGGAGCACCAGCUGCGCUCCGAGCUCCUGGAGCAGUACCGCGCGCUGCUGGUGGAGCGCAGCCGCUUCCAGCGCUACAAUGCGCACCUGCAGCACAAGAUCCUGGAGUCACUGCGCAGGAAGAAGGGCCUGGACGUGGCCGAGGCGCUCGAGAAGGCCGAGGCCGAGGCCCCCGAGAAGGAGCAGGCCUACCUGCACUGCCUGGCCACGCUGGAGGAGCUGAAGAAGCAGCAGGCGGACGACCUGGCCUGGUACCACCAGGAGCUGGCCCAGCUCAAGCGGCAGUGCCAGGAGAAGGUCUCCCGGGUGGAGACGGAGUGGCGCGCCUUCCAGGCCCUCAAGAAGCAGGUGAUGCUGCAGGUCAUGGGCAGCUGUCGGCUGCGCGGAGGGCGCCAGGUGGCCCUGCGGGAGGUCGAGCAGCUGCAGGCCCUGGAGGACAGGAAGGAGCAAGAGAUGAGCGCAGUAAGGCUGGAGAACGUGCAGCUGAGGCAAAGCCUGGCGCACGUCGAGACCCGGAUGCGGGCCCAGGAGGACAUGACCGAGGGUUUGCUCCUCAUAGACUUCGAGCAGCUCAAGAUCGAGAACCAGACCUUCAACGAGAAGGUGGAGGAGCGCAACGAGGAGCUGCAGAAGCUCCACAGCAAGGUGACCAGCAACGUGCAGGUGAUCACCCACGUCAAGGAGAAGCUGCACUUUGUGGAGAUGGAAAAUGCACACAAAAAGGCCCGCCUCCUGGAGACAGAGGCCCAAGUAGCCCACAAGAGGGACAUCCUGACCAAGACCAAACAGGCCCGAGACAGCUUGCGGCUGGACAACGUCAGGCUGAGCAAGGCGUGUGGACUGCUGGGCAAGGAGGCCCUCCUCCGGGACCUGGAGAAAAAGGUGGACAAGACAGAGCAGCUCCGGCAGCGGCUGGAGAGUCUGAAGCACCACCAUGCCGGCCUGACUCUGUCCUGCAGGGGCGUGCAGCAGAAGAUCCGCGAGGCUAAGGCCUUCCUCCCCACCUAG